ACGCUAUUUCCAAUCAUCAGCGCUGCGCCGUCUAUUCUCUUUGUGGCGCCAGCACAGCGUCUGGGGCAAUCAGUAAUCAUUUUUCUCUGGUCAAGGACGGGUGGGUGGCCCCCAAAAAACCGUUCCCGAUUUGUCAGGCUCGCCGCUCGCAGCCUCGGUCUCGCGCUCCGAUGCCCCACUGGGCACCUGAUUCAGGCCACUGCAAGGCCGCUGUCAGACACCGCUGCAUGGGUGCUCACUGGCCGCUGACAGCACUAGCCGACCCUCCAUUACAGCGCAUGGCGCUAUGCUCCAGGCCCUUGCAGCCCCUGCAACCCUUGCGUCCACUGCAGAACAAGAAGCACAGAAAACAAUCACCGUCGUGUUUCCGCAUCGGGCUUGCGGUGCGGACUACGGAGCUGACAAUGCCCACAGCGUCCAUUUUACUGCGAGUUGUCAAUAGCGGGCGCACUGCCCCAGAUCUUUGAGUCCCUUUUCUCCCCCAAAAUGUACCAGGGGGCGUGAAUUCUUUUUUCUUUCUCUCUUUCUCUUGCAAGCCAAAAAGGUGUUGUUUUGCCGGGCCCCUCUUCUUUUUUCCUCAUUUCCCUCCCCAGUUUGUCUGGUGGAUGGAGAAGGAAUCGACAAGUCCCCUCUUUGCCCGCUCGAUGAAAUCUCUUGUUUUGUAAUCAUUUAUUACCCGUGGCUGCCCACUUCUUUCUUCUACCCCAACUACUAACCACCAUCAUCACCAGCACCAACAAAUUAAAUAAUCAACAGAACUGCAGAAUACCAUACGCUUCCCCAGAGACAAACCCUGUCAAUAUGGCUUCUGCCACGCCGGCACAACAGCAGCAGCCAGCCCUGGCGGUAGCAGAUUCGUCUGAAUUAAUCCGCAACAACGCCAAAGAGGCGCCAGGGACACCAGACUCGCCAAACCAGCAAUCAGAAAGUGGUGAUAAGCGGGAUCCCGAGUAUCCUGACUGGGAUCAUGAUCCCCAAAAUCCAUACAACUGGCCAUCAUGGAAGAAGGCAUACAUCAUCAUAAUGUCCUCCGCCACGUCCUUUGUCUCUUCUGCAGGAACUUCCAUUAUCUCACCCGCCACGGAAGAAAUCAAAGAACACUUUCAGGUUUCGCCUACCGUUGCCCUCUUGCCGCUCGCCCUCUACAUCUUCGCCCUGGGCUUCGGUCCUCUGCUCGGCGGCCCGCUCUCAGAAACUGCUGGUCGCAUGCCCAUCUACUGGGUUCUGUUCCCACUCGGCGCCAUCUUCACUCUUGGAGCUGGCUUCGCAGAUAACUUUGUCGCCCUCUGCAUUCUGAGAUUUGCCGCUGGUUUUUGCUAUGCCCCGACUCUUGCUGUUGGCGCUGGGAUUGUGACUGACGUCUUCCUUCCCCAAUCUAGGGGCCCGGUCAUGGCCAUUUGGAUUCUCAUGCCCUUCUUGGGCCCUGGUAUUGCUCCCGUCAUUGGUGCAUACGCCAGCAACCGCCAAGGAUGGAGAUGGACGCAAUGGACCAUGCUCUUCUUCUCGCUUUUCUGCAUUGGCCUCAUCGUCUUCACGCGCGAAUGCUUCCACCCGAUUAUCAAACGACGACUCGCAAAGCAGCGCGGCCAAGAGGUCCCUCCCAGUCCACCAUUACUUGCUCGCCUUCGCCAAUUUGCCGUCGUUGGCCUCGUCCGACCACUCGAUAUGAUGGUGGCAGAACCCAUCUCGACCUUUACUUGCCUUUACGUUGCCGUCAAUUUCGGUGUUUUGUUCAGUCUGUUCGCCGCUGUUCCAUUCAUCUUCAAAAUGGUGUAUAACUUUGGCGUCGAAAACUCCGGCCUUGUCUUCCUAUCGGUUGCAGCCGGUUGCUUUAUUGGUCUUGCCACCAUCAUGUUUUGUAAUAAGGUGCUCUAUCUCGGGCAAAAGGGCAACUUUCCACCCAACAAGAUUCCUCCAGAGUAUCGUCUGUACCCGGCCAUGUUUGGUAGCAUCGGCUUGCCUAUCGGCCUCUUCUGGUUCGCUUGGACUGCUCGCAGCGACAUUUCCUGGGCAAGCCCUGUCUUUGCGAUUGUACCAUUUGCAUGGGGCAACCUGUGUGUCUUUGUGAGUAUGGUUCAGUACAAUGCCGAUACAUACCACGGAAGCGUUGUUGCCAGUCAGGCAGCUGCCAAUUCCAUGGCGCGCUACACAUUCGCCGGCGCAUUCCCUCUUUUUGUUAUUCAAAUGUACAAAGGUUUGACUAUUCCUUGGGCAGCUAGCUUGCUCGGAUUCGUCACCAUUGCUCUUCUACCCAUUCCAUGGGUGCUGUUCAAGUACGGCGCCCGCAUCCGAAAGCACAGCAGAUACGAGACUGUAAAUUACGACUAAUGCUGUUGUAUAUGAUUUGCGCAUGAGGCAUAUAGAAUUGUAUUUCAUUGGUUGGGAUAAAUUUAUGACUGGACAUUCGGCGUUUGUAUACAUCUAUAUAUAAUAUUCAAUCCUUCUUAAAAUUGAGCCAUCGAUCAUCAACUAAGGCUGUCCAAUGACAUUGAACUUGUCAUCGAGAUAGUACCAGUAGUCAUACUCAAUGGGUCGAGCGGCUGCCGGGAGGAUGCUGGAUGUCUUGGGAAUCUUGAACUGGGCAGUUGUGUUUUCCGCGGGAACAUAGCUCUUGCACCAACGAGGGUUGUGAGUCUGCGUCGUAGAGAUCUUUUCCUUCUUCGUCUUGCCCUUGAUGAGGUUCUGCCAGAAGACAUGGGACUCGGCAACAUGCUCAGCCAUGACUUCGGCGUUUUGGAACUUGUUGCCAAUAAUGGUGUUGACACCAUCGCCUUUGACAACCUUGUAGUACUGCAGCAGGGUUAGAAGCCGUCUUCAGAUGUG